ACCGCCCACACAGACCCCGCCCAUGCCCCGCCCGGCAGCCCCGCUCAGGCCCCGCCCCGGAAGUGGCCGUGCGGCCGGGCCGGGCCGCGCCGGCCAUGGGGAAGGAGCAGGAGCUGCUGGAGGCCGCGCGCACCGGGAACCUGCCGGCCGUGGAGAAGCUGCUCUCGGGGAAGCGCCUCAGCUCCGGCUUCGGCGGCUCCGGCGGCGGCGGCGGCUCCGCGGGGGGAGGCGGCGGCGGUGGCGGCGGGAGCGGCGGCGUGGGGCACCCGCUGUCCAGCCUGCUCAGCAUCUGGAGGGGGCCGAACGUGAACUGUGUGGACAGCACAGGAUACACCCCGCUGCACCACGCUGCUCUGAACGGCCAUAAGGAUGUUGUGGAGGUUCUGCUGAGGAACGACGCGCUCACCAACGUGGCAGACUGUAAGGGCUGUUACCCCCUGCACUUGGCAGCCUGGAAGGGAGAUGCUGACAUAGUGAAGCUCCUCAUCCACCAGGGCCCUUCACACACCAAAGUGAAUGAGCAGAAUGCUCUUGAGAUCAAAGAACUCAAAAAGUACGGCCCCUUUGACCCAUAUAUCAAUGCCAAGAACAACGACAACGAGACAGCGCUGCACUGCGCGGCCCAGCACGGCCACACCGAGGUGGUGAAGGUGCUGCUGGAGGAGCUCACCGACCCCACCAUGCGCAACAACAAGUUCGAGACCCCCCUGGACCUGGCGGCGCUCUACGGGAGGCUGGAAGUGGUCAAGAUGCUCUUGAACGCCCACCCCAACCUGCUGAGCUGCAACACUAAGAAGCACACCCCGCUGCACCUGGCAGCCAGGAACGGUCACAAAGCUGUGGUCCACGUCCUGCUGGAUGCUGGCAUGGACAGCAACUACCAGACUGAAAAAGGCAGUGCUUUGCACGAAGCUGCUUUGUUUGGCAAGACAGAUGUGGUACAAAUAUUGCUGGCUGCAGGUAUUGAUGUGAACAUAAAGGAUAACAGAGGCCUGACUGCUCUGGACAUUGUGAGGGAGCUUCCUUCCCAGAAAAGCCAGCACAUAGCAGCUCUCAUUGAAGAUUACACCGUUGGGAAGAAAAGUGCCAAAGCUGUGGAGAAAUCUGCUCCAGCCCUGCUCGCCCCAGCCACCGAGCCCUCAGGCCGGACGUCUCAGGGUGACGUGGACAAAGCUGUCACGGAGCUGAUCAUGGAUUUCGAUGUGAACCCUGAAGAGGAGAGCCCCUAUGAGGCUCUGUACAACGCCACGUCCUGCCACUCCCUGGACAGCCUGGCCAGCGGGAGGUCGUCCGACCGCGACUCUGGGAACAAGGAAGCUGAGCCCAGUGGCCUCAAAGCAGCUGCAGUCAGGCCUAGAGAACGUCCUCCCCCACCAGCCAAGCCCCCGCCUGAUGAAGAGGAGGAGCAGAAUGUGGAGAAGAAGACAGGCCACAGUGCUCCCAGUGAGGCCUCUGCUGCCCGGGGGAAGAGCAGGGGAAGUGGAGCUGAGGAAGAGGAACACCCCUACGAGCUGUUGCUUACAGCAGAAACUAAAAAGCCAGUUGCAGUGGACAGGAAAACAAAAGACCACAGGAGGAACAGCGGCGGCCGCAGCCAGGACUCUGCUGAGAGCCAGGACAUCCAGGUGCCAGAGCAGUUUUCAGGCUUGCUCCACGGCUCUUCACCAAUCUGCGAGAUAAGCGAGGACCCUUUCAGGCUCGCUUCCUCCGAGGAGAAGGGGGACACGGAAGCCACGAGCCACCCCACUGCUAUGCAGCUGGAGGAUGCUGAGCUAGCCUCGUCGGGAGCAGCACGGAGCAGCUCCCCGGACCCCACGCAGACCGUGGUGUACGCCACGGUGCAGCACGUCAGCCGGGCGGAUCCCGCCGCCGCCGGCACGCCCCACGUGCAGCAGCAGCAGCAGCACCCCGGCGCUGCUGAGCCAGAGGGGGACAGAGCUGUGGGCAGAGCCCACCCGGGCAGCAAGCCCAAAGCCGAGCUCAAACUCAGCCGCAGCCUGUCCAAGUCGGACUCGGACCUGCUGACCUGCUCCCCGACGGAGGACGAUGCCAUGGGGAGCCGCAGCGAAUCGCUCUCCAACUGCAGCACCGGCAAGAAGCGGCUGGAGAAGUCCCCGUCCUUCGCUUCCGAGUGGGAUGAGAUUGAAAAGAUCAUGAGUUCCAUCGGCGAAGGCAUUGACUUCUCCCAGGAGCAGCACAGGAUCUCAGGUUCGCGGAUGCUGGAGCAGAGCGUCGGGGAGUGGCUGGAGUCCAUCGGCCUGCAGCAGUACGAGAGCAAACUGCUCCUGAACGGCUUCGACGAUGUGCGCUUCCUGGGCUGUAAUGUCAUGGAGGACCAGGACCUGCGCGACAUCGGCAUCGGUGACCCGCAGCACCGGCGGAAGCUGCUCCAGGCUGCUCGCUCCCUCCCCAAGUUGAAACCCCUGGGCUGUGAUGGGAACAGCCAGCCAUCAGUUCCUGCAUGGCUCGACUCCCUGGGGCUGCAGGAUUACAUCCAGUCCUUCCUCUCGAGUGGCUACAGCUCUAUUGACACUGUGAAAAACCUCUGGGAGCUUGAGAUAGUGAAUGUGCUGAAAGUGAACCUGCUGGGCCAUCGGAAGAGGAUCAUUGCCUCCCUGGCAGACAGACCCUACGAGGAGCCACCAGCCAAGCCACCACGGUUCUCACAGCUGAGAUGCCAGGAUUUGAUGUCCCAGACGUCGUCUCCCCUGAGCCAGAACGACUCCUGCACAGGCAGAUCUGCUGAUCUCCUGCUGCCCUCUGGGGACACUGCCAGGAGGCAGCACGAUCGUGGCACUGAGGUUGCUCCCUACUCCAGAGCUGAGCGCUACAAAGCACAGGAGGACCGUCGGGAGUCCAGGCUCACCCUGCGCCCCCCCAGCCUGGCAGCCCCCUAUGCCCCUGUUCAAAACUGGCAGCACCAGCCUGAGAAGCUCAUCUUCGAGUCCUGCGGGUACGAGGCCAACUACUUGGGCUCCAUGUUGAUCAAAGACCUCCGAGGGACAGAGUCCACCCAGGACGCCUGUGCCAAGAUGAGGAAAUCCACGGAGCACAUGAAGAAGAUCCCAACCAUAAUCCUGUCCAUCACGUACAAAGGGGUGAAGUUCAUCGAUGCCUCCAACAAGAAUGUCAUUGCUGAGCACGAGAUCCGGAACAUCUCCUGUGCUGCUCAGGACCCUGAGGACCUCUGCACCUUUGCCUACAUCACCAAGGACCUGCAGACCAGCCAUCACUACUGCCAUGUCUUCAGCACUGUGGAUGUGAACCUGACGUACGAGAUCAUCCUCACGUUGGGGCAGGCAUUCGAGGUCGCCUACCAGCUCGCCCUGCAAGCCCAGAGAGCAAAGCCUCUGGGUGCUGGAGCAGGGGAAAUGAUUGAAACAAAAUCUUCCAAACCGGUGCCUAAACCACGAGCAGGCAUGAGGAAAUCCGCGGUGCCGCUCCCUCCCGACACCCGCUGUUGUUACUGUCACACCUGUACAACACACCGCCCCUCCUACCUGCCGCUGCAGUCUGUUAGUCCUGGAGCGAAGCUGGAUCCCCCUGAAGUGGACCAAGACUCCCAGUCUCAUGCCAGUGUCUCCUGGGUCGUGGACCCCAAGCAGGACUCCAAGCGGACCCUCAGCACUAAGUAUGAGACCACUAUCUUCUAAAGCAAACGCCCGCGUCCGCCCCGUCUAACCGUGCCUUUGCGAUCUGAUCUGUCUGCUCUUCUAAACUCCCUCUUCCUCCAGCUGCUCGCCCUGAGCCCGCGUAGGCACCGCGUCCAAGGCAGCAGCACUCAGGAGACUGUAGACUUAAACGGCUUUUGUACCUGAUCGCUGCUGAACACUGUGAAUCUCCUUACUCGGAAUCAAGGGUAACUGUAGCUGCCCGCCAGGCGAGGCGGGAGGAGCAGAGAGGGCAGGCUGGCAGUCGGAGAUGUGGAUCCAGGAAAGCCGCCCACCGUUUUCACGUCUUCCCCCCUCGCUCUGGCACUGUGAAUCCCUGGGGCAAUGUGAUACUCCCCAGGCCUUUUUUUUUCUAUCUCACCUUGUCCUUGGACUGAUGGAGACCUCUUGUCUCUUCGGUGCACACACUCCCUCCUCCUAGAUCCUCCUCUUCCCAACUGAGCCACGGCUGUGUACUGUUCAGUGAACUCACCUCUCCUUCCUGCCAGUCGAACCGACACUAACCACUGUGAUGCUCUCUGCAGAUAACACACGGGCACUUCAAUUCCCUCACAGCCGCCCUUGCCCGCAGUCUCCUUCCUCAAAGCCCAGCACAGAACUUGCUCUGGGUGGUGGGGAGCGUUGGUUUGGGCCGGGUGUGAUCGUUCCCACUGUGAGCUCUGUCCCCUCGGACAUGAGGGGGGGUUUGGUUGCAUGCAUUUCAGUCCUUUGUAGGUUUUUCUUUCCCUCAUAGGCCUUGUGUUUACACUCACCAGACUUCUCGUGAAGUUCUCACGUGGCAGCCUGUGGUUAAGCUUCCAAAGGCACAUGUUGAUGUUAGCCCCAGGCUGGGGAGGAGAGGUGUCAGCUGGGCACCACAAGCAGCAGCAGCAGGGAGAGGUUAGGGAGCAGCCCUAGGUUAUUUGCCCCUGGUGUUAGGGCCCAGUAGCAGGUUGUGUGAGGUUUGAUGUGGCUUUGGAGCUGCUGCCUCAGAUCUUUCAUUUCCCCUCACCUGCAGUGAAAUUUGGUGUUUCAAAGUUCUUAUUUAGCUCUUUCUCAGGAAUGAGUUUGAUCUCCCAAGUCAUUUGCGACUUAAUGGCAAACUGACCUCAGACUGAGGGCUCAGCCAGUGGGAACCCAGUGAGAGGACUAAAAGUAAAAGUGUUAGAGCAAAAAAAAUAAGGAAAGCUCAGUCUAGUACAUACAUUUCAUAUGCCACAGAGUCAGCACUGCCCAGGGCCUGCAGUGCCACCCUGCCAGCCCAGGCCUUGUGGACAACAGAACAUUGCUGUGACUGAGGUGCUCCAGGAGGCUGGGUUUGGGUUCCAUCAGCACUUUUCCAAGCUCUAAGAGUGCCCUGAAGGUUUCUGUGUCCCUCUAAGAGAAACUCAGUCCCUGGCGUGGGUGGCAGAGCAGUUUCUACGUGUAGGUGUUCACCACACAGCUGCCACACGUCCCCCCAGUGUCAGAGCUCUGAGCUCUUCACCUCCCCCUGCUCUCAGCUGGGAAGGGCAGGUCCCUCCACACCCCCUAAAUCCGGGUCACGAGAGCAUGUGCCUUUCUAAGGGUGCCCAAACCCAGCAGGGAUCCCAGGCAGCCCUUCCCAGACGGCGCCGCUGCCGCUCCGUGGCCGUAGCCCUGACGGUUUUUGUGUCCCGUCUCCGGGCCGUUCGCCUCGCCUCUCCCAGCAGGUGUUUUUGUGUGACUCGGAAAUUCAUUCCAUUAUCUUCCUUUCUGUUUGCCUCUGCGAAGCUGAGCUCCGGGCAGCCGUCUCCUACCACGGGAUGUAGUAGCUUGGCAGAGACCUGGAUGCAGUGGCCUCCUGACAUGAAGAUCAUCUUCCCCCUGGCACGGGUGGCUGCCUCAGAGUGGGUGCGUGGCUGCUCGGUGAGGGCUCCCAGAGCACAGGGGGGAAGGGACCCAGCUCCGCCGAGGGAAGCUGCUCAUCUCCAUUCCUAGCAAAGGAAAACUCGACACUCGGAGGCCAAGAGCGAUGUCGCCUUUCCUAGUCUGAGACAAAACGUCUUUCCACCGGUUUCUUUUCUAACAAAGUGACACAGAGCAAAUCCGGUUCACGGUUUCAAUGUAGCACUGCAGAUUUUGGUGAGGAAAAAAAAACAAAACAGAUUUUUAUUUACUGAGAAUCCUGCAGUCCGGCGAGGAGCAUGAUAGAAAGUCUUAGCAGGGGCGUGGUGUGCACAUUUCUGAUGGUACUUACUCUGCUUCAGCUCUGGGUGAACAGGAGAGAACGCCAAAUUCUUGGAGAUCACUUCCUCCUGUGUGAGAACCUGGUAGGGUAAGUCUGCACCCUGUUCUCCAAGCCACUCCACGCUUUUAUAGCAAAUGGAAGUAACUUGAGGAAAAGAAUCUGCAAAGGAUCUUUCACCCCAGAGCAGCUGUGGCCAAUAUCCCCGAUGGUACAAAGCUUCCUUAUCCCCUGAACUGUCGUGUUGCAAUACUUGACAUUUCUAUGGCAAGGACCCCGUUUCUUCCCGUUUCCGCACUGAAUUCCUGGGGACAACUCCCUGCUCCAGCCUCUGUGCACCUGUCUUGUUUUUAAAUGCAGUUAUGCCCUGAAGGGUUGGGGUUUUUUUAAGUAUAUUCAGUUGUGAUUUAGCACUUUUUUGAUACUAGCUCAUUAUUUAAUUAGUGCAACCGUUUCAGAAGAUGAACAAAUAAGGAGUUAAAUUUUGGGCAUUACACUGAAACAGUCCAUCCCCAAGGACAAACCACAUCAGCCUGAGGGUGGCUUGGCCCCAUCCGAGCCCAGUGUCCCCAAAGACACCACCUCAAAGGUGCUGUGUGCUUGCUUUUUUCUGAAUUACCGAGUGUUUCACAGUGGUUUGGGCUGUCACUGACGUGUUUUCAGACUGUUCCCCUCUGGGGAGAGUGUUAAAAUGGUUGUGAUAUGAAUUCUUCAGAUGCAAAAUGCAGCUCAGUGUGUCUGUGGUGAUCUCCCUGGCAGGGCUGUGGGACCUGCUGCCACGGGAGCGCUGUGCCCGAGUAAUUCCUGUUUAACUCCAGUUGCUGCUGUAUGUCAGGAUUUCCUUUAGUCUCUCUCACCAGUGAGGCUGGGAGGGAAGUGAACCAUAAUCCCAAGGGCACAGACCUGUAAAGGAUUGGGAAGGGGGAGUGGAGAUUUUGGGUUAAGUCAAUGAAUUUAGGAAACCUAACAUUCCUUGUUAUGCACAUGUUGCAAUUCAUACUGGUGUAAGUGUAAAUAUUUGGUGUGUUGGCAACAAGUCUUUGGUGAGAUUGCAAAUUGAACCUCUGCUUGGGAGGAGGGACACCUUUCCUUUCUGACACGUGAGCUUUUUUGGAGGUUGGCUUGGAGGUAACGUGGUGAUGAAGACUCCAAUCUUCAGGCACUGGGCUCGGUGACCCUGGUGGUCCAUUCCAGCCCCAUGUGUAAACCUGUGGUUGUCUUUAGUGAUCCAUUCUUUAGCCAGAUACUCCCUUUCUCACCUUCCUCACAGACAGAGCAGUUGUUUUGGCAGUUCAGUGUGGUGGGGUCUCUCAAGGGACUCAGUGCUGGAGGCUGACCCUGGGCUGUGCCAGUUGUUGGCUCCUGGCCACCUCCACCCACCCACUGUGCAGUAUUCGGGCUCUUCCUCCCUGCAGGGUUUUGUGCUAUCUGGAGGAAACUGCCCCACAUUUCUGGUGCUGAACAUGACAUUGCAUCCAACUGCAUCUGCUGUAUUACCUGCCCGGGAGGAGUUGGGGCUCCUCUGUUCCUCUCUUUAAAGACAGAUUGUGUUUCACAGACUUUGGUUUGUGGGCUGAGCCCUCACUCAUGGCUGGCAAACAGAGUUGCCGAGUUUUGUCUUUCUUUUUAUAGGAGGGGAUGAUUUUUUUUUUCAAAUUGAAGAUGCUUUAUCCUUUUUUUAUUUUGUGUUUACAAAAAAAAAAAAUCAGCGCUAACCUUAGCUGUUCAGCUGACUUUAAACUUGCUUUGGGAUUGCUCUUUUUAGAAGAAAUUAUGCAACUUUUUAGGGGUACACGCCUGUCCCCCCUCCCAGGGAGAAGAAGCAGCACCUUCCAGGCUGUACCUGUAGUGAAGUCUGUACCUUCAGGAGGCUGCUGAGACACAGAGCAGAUGCCAAAAAGCCCCGAAAUUGUCCCGUUCUGUGUGCAGCUGGGGUGGAGCCAAAGCUUUAAUGCUCCUUCCACCCACCUCAGAAGUUUCCAGCAGCAGCAGCAGCAGCAGCAUUUCCCUGGCUCUGCUCAGAUCCGUGUUUUGGAGCCAGCACAGCGCUCACAACGCUGUCGUGUUGCAAAGGUCUCCCUUUUAAAUCUCACAUUGAUAUUACCUUAAAUUUGUUUUCCCAAAAGAAAAGUACCUGUGCUGUUCUCGCUAAGUCAACCCAGCUCAGACAUUUUUCUUACCCACAGAAGAAUAACCUGGGAUUCCCUGACAGGGCAGAGACAGUCGAGUUCAGUUUGCAAUGUGGACAUUUUUGCUAAUUGUGAUGUAUGGCAGUGGGGCUGAUUUGUAAUACAAAUGUUAUUUAAUCUGUCUGUAUUUUGAUACUUGAAUUUCCUUUUAUUUCCUGUAUAUACAAUUGUUAAUCUGUUCAAAUUUGUCUGAAUUUUAAACAUCUUGUGGUACCAAACAUAACCAAUCUGUGCAACAACAUAGACUGACCUCACUACAACAAGGCGAGAUUGUAAAUAUUCCUGGGCUUCCAGCAGUCGUUUUGUUGUUUUCAUAAUUGUGCAACUUAGAACAGACCGAAUUAAUAAACAACCUUAGACACA